UCCGUUGAAAUUGAAAGCUCCUUCCCCGUUUUCUCUCUCUAAAUUUCUCUCUCUCUCUCUCUCAUGGCAUCGGCGCGUGAUGAGAACCCUUACGAAGGUGGAGGAGGGUUCGGCAAGUUCCGAAAACGACCGUUUCGGAGAACGCAAACGACGCCGUUCGAUCGGCUGCUGACAGCGCUGAGAAACCCUAGCAGGAACAAUGGUUGGUUCUCGAAGCUCGUUGAUCCCGCACAGAGGCUCAUCGCUUCUAGCGCCAACAUGCUCUUCGCCUCCGUCUUCCGCAAGCGCCUUCCUCCACCACCACCACCACCACGUUCUUCAGAAGCAGUGCAGGAAGCGAGGGACAAUCACCAGGAAGCAGCUGUCUUUGUUUCUAUUGAUGAUGUUGCUUCACCUGUCGAGCUUGCUAAGGCUUACAUGGGGAGCAGGCCUUCCAAGGUAUCCCAAUCAAUGCUGGGCUUGCGAAAUCCUCCAAGAGAGGAUCCAACUCUACUACGAAAUCAGCACUUUGCUCAGAAAUCCCCAGUUAUGUCAAUUGUGCCAAGGGCAACUACCCUUGCUCGGGUUCAUGAAAAUGGCUUUGUGACCCCAAGAUCUCAUGGAAGAUCAGCAAUAUAUAGGAUGGCUCGAACACCUUAUGCCAGAGUUUAUCCAACAUCUACGCUCAAGGGUGUUGGCGUUGCUGUUGAAGGUGAGCCAUCAUCUUCAGCUCAGUAUGCACUGGAUCAUGAUAUGCUUUCUGGCUCUAAACAAAGGGCAUUAAAACGUAGAAGUUCUGUAUUAGAUAAUGAUAUACGAUCUUUUGGUCCUAUACGCCGAAUCCGUCACAAGUGUAAUCUUCUAUCUAAAGGCUUAACCUUACCUCAUUCAGGCGCCCCCUUAUCUAUAGCUAGGAACAGAGUUGGCAUUGAUGCUGCUCAGCAACCUUCAUCUUCCAUGCAGAAGCCUAUUCUAUUGGGUGAAGUUAAGCAUAGGCAUACGAAAUUGUCAGCAGAAAAUGUUGAUGACACCAUGCCUAGUACUAGCUUUCCUCCUUUAUCUUCAAAAUCUAGCGAGAUGGCCUCAAAAAUACUUGAUGAUGCCUACCCUAAUGGAGCCGUUUCUUAUCAUCCACACAAAAAGAGGGCAUUCCAUAUGAGUGCACACGAGGUUUGAUAUUUUGCAACUGUUUGAUGGUUUCCUGUAGUUAUCUUGAUUUUAAAUAUUAGAAAUUCUUAUGUGACUUUUAUAUAUAUAUAUAUAUAUAUAUAUAUAUAUUUGUGGGAAGAGCUGGUACUAUUAAUCUUGUUGUUUAUAGUGAUUUGUUGCUUUUUUCCAUUAGCUCCCAAAUUAUGAUUAGUGAAGCUAUAGCUAAGAUUUAUAUUUUUUUGUUUCUUAUACAUUUGGUUUUGAUUCCUGAUAGAGUAAAGUGAGUUAAUUUU